AUAAAAGACAAAGAAAAUACAUUAUUAUUUUCCACUGAUCUCCAAACUUUUAAAGACUUGUUUAGAUACUGGCUAUGAACAUUUUGAAGAGAGAAUCUUAAGAUCCAUAAAACUUAUCCUGUAGUCAGUAGAGAGUCCUUGCUUCCUAAUUUGACUUGCAGUAUCAUUCUGCCUUUCUCUAACAUGAGUAAAGAGCACAAUUUGUAGUCUUAGAAAUUUCUAUUUUGCAAAUAAUAAAUUUGAAGCUGGAAGGAGUUAACUGCCUUAUCCAAGGGCACAGCUGCUAGAUCUGAGACCAGAGCUCAGGUUUGCUAAUUCUUGUCAUGAAUUUGAAAUGCUUAAAUAAAGAUUUUGUUCUGUGUAUUGUGUGGAAGUGUGUCUUACUAUAUUAAAAUAUUUCUUCACACCCAGAAUAUAGAAAAGUGAAUGGUAAUGGAAUUGACCCUGAGGUUAAAGAUACUUCUUACAUUUCUUAAUAUUUAUGUUAAAAAUAUUUUAUCAUUGUGCAACUUACCCUUUACUGUACUUAUAUAAGGUUUUGAUGUUAUUUUUGUUGAUGUAGUGAAAAUCACUAAUGUGUUUUUAUAUUUCUACUGGUCCUGUAACACUUCAUGGAACUUCUUUUCUUGUGGAUAACUUCAGUGUGGGGAGAUUGAGCUCUUGUCCCUUUAGAGGCUCAGUGUUUGUUGAUACAUCUGUCCAAAUGGAAGUUUCAUCUAAAGCAGUGAUUUUCAGUGUGUCUUUGAAGAACUUCCAAUGGAGUGAGACUCUUUUGUAAUUAAAAGCUAUUUCUGCAUUUGAAGUUCAGCCAAUUUCUACUGAGGUCCAAGAAGGUGGAGUUGCUAGAUUUGCAUGCAAGAUUUCAUCAAACCCUCCUGCAGUCAUAACAUGGGAAUUAAAUCGGACAACUCUACCUGUAACUAUGGACAGGGUAACUGCACUACCAACAGGAGUAUUGCAGAUCUAUGAUGUUGACCAAAAGGAUGCUGGAAAUUACCGUUGUGUUGCUGCUACUGUAGCCCACAGACGUAAAAGUAUGGAGGCCUCGCUCACAGUGAUUCCAGGUAAGGCGUCUAAAUCCUUCCACACACCAACCAUUAUAGCAGGUCCACAGAACAUAACAACGUCUCUUCAUCAGACUGUUGUUUUAGAAUGUGCGGCCACAGGAAAUCCCAAACCAAUCAUUUCUUGGAGCCGUCUUGAUCACAAGUCCAUUGAUGUCUUCAAUACUCGGGUACUUGGAAAUGGUAAUCUCAUGAUAUCUGACAUCAGGCUGCAACACGCUGGAGUAUAUGUUUGUCGGGCAACUACCCCGGGCACACGCAACUUUACAGUUGCCAUGGCAACUUUAACUGUAUUAGCUCCUCCUUCAUUUGUCGAAUGGCCAGAAAGUUUAACGAGGCCUCGAGCUGGUACUGCUCGAUUUGUAUGUCAGGCAGAAGGAAUCCCCUCACCCAAAAUGUCAUGGUUGAAAAACGGAAGGAAGAUACAUUCAAAUGGUAGAAUUAAAAUGUACAACAGUAAAUUGGUAAUUAACCAGAUUAUUCCUGAAGAUGAUGCUAUUUAUCAGUGCAUGGCUGAGAACAGCCAAGGAUCUAUUUUAUCUAGAGCCAGACUGACUGUAGUAAUGUCAGAAGACAGACCCAGUGCUCCCUAUAAUGUGCAUGCUGAAACCAUGUCAAGUUCAGCCAUCCUUUUAGCUUGGGAGAGGCCACUUUAUAAUUCAGACAAAGUCAUUGCUUAUUCUGUGCACUACAUGAAAGCAGAAGGUUUAAACAAUGAAGAGUAUCAAGUAGUCAUCGGAAAUGACACAACUCAUUAUCUUAUUGAUGACUUGGAACCUGCCAGCAAUUAUACUUUCUACAUUGUGGCUUAUAUGCCAAUGGGAGCCAGUCAGAUGUCCGACCACGUGACACAGAAAACUUUAGAGGAUGUUCCCCUGAGACCUCCUGAAAUUAGUUUGACAAGUCGAAGUCCCACCGAUAUUCUCGUCUCCUGGCUGCCAAUCCCAGCCAAGUAUCGGCGGGGCCAGGUGGUCCUCUACCGCCUGUCCUUCCGCCUGAGUACUGACAACUCCAUCCAAGUUCUGGAGCUCCCAGGGACCACUCAUGAACACCUGUUAGAGGGCCUGAAACCUGAUAGUGUCUACCUGGUGCGGAUUACUGCUGCCACCAGAGUGGGGCUGGGAGAGUCUUCAGUAUGGACCUCACACAGGACACCCAAAGCUACAAGCGUGAAAGCCCCUAAGUCUCCAGAGUUACAUUUGGAGCCUCUGAAUUGUACCACCAUUUCUGUAAAGUGGCAACAAGAUGCUGAGGACACAGCAACCAUUCAGGGCUACAAGCUGUACUACAAAGAAGAAGGGCAGCAGGAGAAUGGACCCAUUUUCUUAGCUACCAGUGACCUUCUCUAUACUCUCAGUGGUUUAGACCCGAGAAGAAAAUAUCAUGUGAGAUUGCUGGCUUACAACAGCAUAGAAGAUGGCUACCAGGCAGAUCAAACAGUCAGUACUCCGGGAUGCGUGUCUGUUCGUGAUCGCAUGGUUCCUCCUCCACCACCACCCCACCAUCUCUAUGCGAAGGCUAACACUUCAUCUUCCAUCUUCCUGCACUGGAGGAGGCCUGCGUUCACCACUGCACAAAUAAUUAACUACACCAUCCGCUGUAACCCUGUUGGCCUGCAGAAUGCUUCUUUGGUUUUAUACCUUCAAACAUCAGAAACUCACAUGUUGGUUCAAGGUCUAGAACCAAACACCAAAUAUGAAUUUGCUGUUCGACUGCAUGUGGAUCAACUUACCAGUCCUUGGAGCCCCGUUGUCUACCACUCUACACUUCCAGAAGCACCAGCAGGCCCACCAGUUGGAGUGAAAGUGACAUUGAUAGAGGAUGACACUGCCCUGGUUUCUUGGAAACCUCCUGAUGGCCCAGAGACGGUUGUGACGCGCUACACUAUCUUGUAUGCAUCCAGGAAGGCCUGGAUUGCAGGAGAGUGGCAGGUCCUACACCGAGAAGGGGCAAUAACCAUGGCUUUGCUAGAAAACCUUGUGGCAGGAAAUAUAUACAUUGUCAAGAUAUCUGCAUCCAAUGAGGUAGGAGAAGGACCGUUUUCAAAUUCUGUGGAGCUGGCCGUACUUCCAAAGGAAACUCCUGAAUCAAAUCAGAGGCCCAAGCGUUUAGAUUCUGCUGAUGUCAAAGUUUAUUCAGGCUAUUACCAUCUGGACCAAAAAUCAAUGACCGGCAUUGCUGUAGGUGUUGGCAUAGCCUUGACCUGCAUCCUCAUCUGUGUUCUCAUCCUGAUAUACCGAAGUAAAGCCAGGAAAUCAACUGCCUCCAAGACAGCACAGAAUGGAACUCAACAAUUAUCUCAUACCAGUGCCUCCCUAGCCAGUGGAAAUGAAGUAGGAAAGAACCGGGAAGGAGCUCUAGAAAAUGAAGAGUCCUUAAUGCCAAUGAUCAUGCCAAACAACUUCAUCGAUGCCAAGGGAGGAACUGACCUGAUAAUUAAUAGUUAUGGUCCUAUAAUUAAAAACAACCCUAAGAAAAAAUGGCUUUUUUUCCAAGAUUCUAAGAAGAUAAAAGCUGAGCAGCCUCAAAGAAGAUUUACUCAAGCAGUCUGCUUUUACCAGCCAGGCACUACCGUAUUAAUCAGUGAUGAGGACUCUCCCAGCUCCGCAGGUCAUACAGCCAGCUUCCCAAGACCCUUUGGUGUUGCAACUGAUACUGAGCAUUCAGCGAAUAGUGAAGGCAGCCACGAAACUGGGGAUUCUGGAAGGUUCUCCCAUGAGUCCAAUGAUGAAAUACACCUGUCCUCAGUUAUAAGUACCACAGCCCUGACCCCCAGUUCCUUCACUGGCACUGAUUCGAGUGGGGAUCCCUCGAUGAGAAAGUGUGAAGAACAUGCAGUGCCAUCAGAUGCUGAGCAGAUUUCCUCUUCAGUUCCUCAGCCACCAUCUGCCAUGCUCUGCUUUGAUAAAAAGGAUUUUCCAAUCUAGAUAGCCAUGUCCAGGUAUUCUCACCUUUUAAGUCUUUUUGAAGGACAGUGAACAGGGAGCCAAAGCCUUUUGUGAAAAUCAUGAUAUCUUAUUGGGUAUUUCACCUUUUUUGAAUGUGUUUUGUUUUUUUAUCUGUAAGCUCACGUAUUUUGAAUGUUUCAGUGUCAGCAAUGUGAAAAGACAGUCAAGAUAUUUGACUGGAUUAUGAAAUAUAUCACUGGAGCAAAGGGAAGACUUUUGAAAGCCCCUUUGCUGACUAUCUACCUCAGUUUGCCACAUGGCAAACUCAGAAGACAGCUUUGUUACCUCGUUUGUUGUGAUAGUUUCUCAGCUACAUAACCGAUGAUACUUCCUAGUAGUGUUUUGUUUUCAUUGCUGUAUGUGUAAUAUGUGUGAUCAAAGGAGUCAUAUAGGUAGAUGAGUAAAAAUGUUUAUCUGAAGCUCUGAUUUAAGAAACAACAGCAACAAACUGUGACCUCUGUAUGGUUUGGAUAAUUUAACACCUCCAGCUGUGAGGACUGAAACCGCAGAGAAGAGAAAAGUGGGACUGUUGACUUUACUGAAUGACCAAAACAAAAAUGUAUAUCUCUUUUGAGAGUAGAACUGUUCGAUAGCAUACAGGGACUCCUAUUGCAUCUAGGGCCUUUAUGUUGUGGGCAUUAGAGUCUUGAGUGCUUUAUCUGCUGUAUCCCAAACCUCAGCCUGCCUAGAAGCCGUGCCUUUUCUACCUGCCCCUUUGCCUGACAGUUGGCCAAAGGCUGCACUGUCUAGUUUGCAAAGCAUCUUCAACCUUUCCAGAAUUAGUUGCAAAACUCCUUGCAGAAAAUAGACUUUCAAAGAGAACAGGUUAGGGUUGGUGUUUUGUUUUGUUUUGUUUUUUAACCCAGCUUGGCUUAAAGAGGUAAAGAAAUUUCAUUAAAUAUUAAUAAUGAAGAUAAAUGCAGCAGUAGACAGUAAAAUGAACUUGAGGUUAUCAUGGUAACAGUGCCUUCCAUUAUAUAUUAUGAAGUUCUUUGCCUUAUACCUUUUUAAUAUUCAUGAAGUUGUUCAGGAUAAGAGUACAAAAAGUUGCCUUAAGAGUUUCUUGGAUUUUAUCAGUAACUCUUUUGAUGUACAGUAUUUUAUCAAAGCAUUUUGGUUUGUUUUUGUGCAGGUUUUGUUUAGGGAUAAGUAUUCAGAGCUCUACCAACUUGGUUGUAUUUUCUCGAAUUCUUAAGAGAAUUUGGUACUCUGUUUAAUCUUCCUUCAGUGUCAAUGCUGUGAAUGAGGAAUGCUAACUCUGGGAGUGAGUUAAUCCUCUUGCUGGUUUGAAAUCAGUAAACUGUUGACUUAGCCACAUAGGAUAGGCCUUCUUUCAGUAAUGAGACAGUUACCUGUUAGGUGCCCAGCAGUGAGAGACAAUAAAGAAUUAAACACAUGGUGCAGAGAAGGGACCCCCCUUUUCCUUUUAAAAGUAUUUCUUCAAAUUAUCUGGAAAUGACUUUUGAGCUGCUUUUUAAAAGGAAUCUUAAUGGGUAUCCCCCUUGAAACCUUUUGUUUAUGGAAGUGGGGGGUCGUGUUAAAUGGUGUUCUAAAGUGAAAAAAUGUUACGGGACGACAGUCCCACCUCUAUCACCUUCUAUCCCAGUGUCUGAUGACACAACAUUUUUCGGUUGUAUUUUAAUCUGUAGUUUUGUGCCAAAUUGGAUGUGUUCAGAAGUAGACCAACAUUAACUGCUGGCAUGCACUUCUGAACUAAAUUCACAGUCCCCCAUUUAGUUAUCUAAGUAUGGGCUUGAUGGCAAAACAAAAAAGCAGAGCUUUAGGUGAACAAUCUGAGGCCAGGAAAAAUGCUGCUCCUGCCUUUAUAGCUCCUGUUUAUACUACCUCCUUUUAAACUUAUUGUAGUGUUAUUUUUUUUUUCCUGUACUCAGGGAACGUUUUGUUACUUUUGAGCUGCCUCAUGGAAGCAUGGGCAAAUUGACAGGGUAUGGCGUUUUGGGGUUCAUAAGUAGAAUUAUGUGAGGCCAACUUUUAUCAAUAUCUAAAACUAAGGACUACAGUGAGUUCAUUUUAUGUUUUUAAACUUUUGUUAAAAGGCAAACAGAAUCUAAAAUUGAAACAUCAUCCAUCAUGUCUAGGACUCUAUUAAUAUGAAUCAUUUUAAAAGCCUAAAAUGAUGAUCUGAAGUCCUUAAGGAAAGUAUUUUGUUUGUUUUGUUUUUGAUGAAUAUGCCCAUAGUUAUUGUAGAUCUUUAGGCUAUAACUGUUUGCUAAUUAUUUACCAGUACAUUUUUCACUCUUUCACCUUUUCAUUUUGUUCUUAUAUAAGAUUUUUUCAUAAUAAUCCUAUCACCAAAGAAUUUUCAGUAGAAAGUGAAAAUUUGACUGUGAUUUCCCCCCAAAUUGAAUUAACUAGAAGCAUCUAUAGGUAUGACGCUUAUACAAGUAGUUACUAACCCAGAAUAAUAGGGUUUAUCUUGAUUGUUGUAGUUAAUUAGACUAGUAAUUUUAACUACCUUAUUGUUACCAGAGCAUUUAAAAUAAGUUCUUUACCAGCAGAUAGUUCCAAAGAAUUUCAAGCGUAAUUUUUUUUUCUUCAGCAAGUAAAUCUUCAGCUGUACAGUAUUAAAGUAUUUUGAAAUUGUUGAAACUACUUGUUGUAGAGAAAAAAAAGUCUUUUCACCAAAGAUAAAUAUUUUGGUCUCAUUGAAUAAGAUAUUUAGUGAACACCAAAGACUUCUUUUUACUUGGCCAAAGCUAGCUUCUUUGAAGUCUUAAGUAUGAAAUUGUAACUAAAAUGUGAAGGUUCUCUUUCAUCUCUCAUAGUGGUGUUACUUCAUGGUAUUUUCACUCUGAAGGGGCUAAUAUGCAAAUAGUAACUAUUUUCUUUUCCAAAGACUUAUUUGCUGUAAGUACUAAUACAUGCAUGUCAUUUUUAUGCCAAAUAUUACAAGAUACUGCUCAUCAGUAUUUUCAUACCAAAGAUCAUGCAAAUAUAUAGAUUAGCCUGUAAGUAAGUAAAGAUGAGCAGAUUUGAAAUAAAUUUAUUUAGAGGCUGAUAGGGAAUCUAGCUUUAGUAGCAAAAGAUAUCAAAGGGCUAAGUUUACAUAAUUAAAAGCAAUACAAUUAUAUUGGUAUUUAUCAGUGUUUUAAUUCACAUACUUUUUAUCAACAAAUUUUUAGAAAACCAAAGAUAUUUAAGGUUAUGUCCACAUAUAGGCAGAUUUAGUUGUACAUUAAACUGUUGUUUCUUGGUUUUAUGUCAACCAAACUUGUCUCUCCAGAACCCUGUCUGUAUACAAAUAGCAUACAUAGGGACUUCCCAUCAAAUCUGCUGAUUCAGCCACAGGAUGUUUUUGCCAAAUGAUGUGAUACUUUCCUAAGCACCUUGAGUGUGAGAUGUCAACAGAGAUAUCAGCAGGCUUUUCCACUGCAGAGCAUUAUGGCAACCCCUGAAUCAGUCUGUGCUGUCUUCCUCCUGCUUAAAGCAUUAUGUGGUGAACUCUGAAGGCUUGAGGCAGUCCCUUAAUUAUAGGGAUGUUCUCAUCUCUGGGGAGCAAUGGGAUAUAACAGGGAAACGAAUCAUAUCACUGUUUUAAGUGGCUGUUCUUUGAUAGAUGUGCUCUUUAAAGUUGUCCAUAAAUUGAAAUAUUUUAAUUGCAUCAAGGGAACAAAAAUCUUUUUCAUGAAAUCUGGAGUUUUAUAUUUUGAUUAGCCUAAAAGUAAGGACACAGCUUUAUCCACUAGUGGCUUUAAAAAAUCAGUUUUGGCACCCCAGGGAAAUUAGAUCCUCAGUGAAAUGCUUUUUAUUUGCUUUUGCUUCAAACAAGAGCAGUGCCAAUGCUGGGAACAAUGAUAGUGAUUUGCAUUGGUGUGUCUUGGCUUCAUUAAGGACAUAUGCCAGAAACUUGCUCAUGUUGACAACUCAGGGUCAUUGUUCAAGUCGAUGAAGACACCUUUGGAAACAAUUGAGUGUCACAAAAAAAGAUGAUUUGAAAGGUUUUUUUUUUUUUUUAAAUGUUAGAAUAUCCAGAUGUGGUUCCAUCUCAGCAGUGGCUGUAGUAAUUCACACAUACUUUUCUAUUUCAUUGAAUAUAAAUGUUUAAUACUGAAUGUGAAAAAUGAAAAAAGUGCCAAUACAUUGAAAGAGGCAUGAUUUAAGACUAAACAUGUAUUUUGUAAACUUUGUUCCUGACAAUUUGGCACAUGGGUCUCUGGUAAAAUUGCUUUGGUUUAAUAGUCAUAAUUUCUGUGGGCUGUGAGCACAGAGUACAGGGUUCUGGAGAUCACCAUAUACAACCAGUUGUCUAAUUGUGAACUUUAUUGAUGUUUAGAAGAACACAUACCUAGAAUUCUGUGUGAAGUUGAUUUAUGCUCAGGACAUAAGAUCACAGGCUAAUGCAAUGUGUAUGUUUGCAGGCUUUAAUCUUCUCAGGCGGUUUCCCUUGGUAAGCCUUUGAAGGUGUUCAAGAUUAACAUGACAGCCUUGCAUUUUUACCAGGCAGAUACUGUAUUAUUUUCUUAUUGCUGUUGAAAUGAGUUACCAUGAAGCUGGCCUUGAAGCAACACAAAUUUAUUAUCUUACAGUUCUGUAGGUCAGAAGUCUGCCACAGGUCUCAAUGGGAUAAAAUCAGGGUUUGUUUCCUUGUCUUUUCUGGAUUUUAGAAACUGUAGACCCCACCCCCUAUUCUCUCUGACCCCACUUCCAUUAUCAUAUCUCUUUUCCUGACCCCAACAGGGAAACAGUCUCCAGUGUUAAGGACGCACGUGAUUAGUUGGGGCCCAUCUGGACGAUCCAGGGUACUCUCCCCAUCUGAAAAUGCUUAACUUAAAUCACCUCUGCGAAGUCCCUUUUGCCCUGUAUGGUAACAUAUUCAGAGUCCAGGGAUUUGGGCGUGGACUUCUGUAGGUGGCCAUUCUCUUACAUACAACAGAUAUAUUAUUUCUGUAGAAUUCUGAUCUCCAUAAAAUGUCUAUAGCAUUACAGAGAUUGGAAGUGUGAAGCCAUGUACCCCUUGGUGAUCUUCAAAAUGUCAAAGUAUGAAAACCUCGGCUUAUCGCCUAUUGAAUGUUUACAUUAAACUUUCUCUCUAAAUCACUUGCAAAAACAGUUCGGCUUUAAACUUUUUGAAUAUGUGCUUUGUAAAUUAACAUCUCAGUUGUAUGUGUUUAACAGAAAAUUUCCUAAUAUUUGGCUCUGACUUUAUGGAAUUUCAUCAGAUAUUUUUGAAAACUGUUCAUAUUAUAGUUGAGCUUUCUCCUUUUCUCUUAAAUGAUUAUGUCGGUGGGGUAGGGUUGGGGGAAAGACCUCAAACGUAGGAACUCAGAGUAGAUAAGCAGGACCAUGCUCAAGUUCAUUCUUCAUUU